CUUUGCCCUCACUCCUCCCAGCGUGUGUCCUUCCUCCCUCUGCAGAUGAGUAAUGUCUCAGGGAUCCUGGAGACAGCCGGUGUUCCCCUGGUGUCAGCGACCUGGCAGCAGCCCAGCCCCCCGCUGGCCGUGCCAGCCGGGCCGCAGAUGGACCACCUGGGGAACGGCUCCCAGGGGGCGCCCUGGCUCUUCCUCACCUCUGCGCUGGCCCGAGGCGUCUCAGGGAUCUUCGUGUGGACUGCCCUGGGGCUCACCUGCCACCAGAUCUACCUGCACCUGCGCUCCUACACGGUGCCACAGGAACAGCGUUAUAUCAUCCGCCUGCUCCUCAUCGUGCCCAUCUAUGCCUUCGACUCCUGGCUCAGCCUCCUCCUCCUGGGAGACCACCAGUACUACGUCUACUUUGACUCCGUGAGGGACUGCUAUGAAGCCUUUGUCAUUUACAGCUUCCUGAGCCUGUGUUUCCAGUACCUGGGAGGCGAGGGUGCCAUCAUGGCUGAGAUUCGUGGAAAGCCCAUCAAGUCCAGCUGCUUCUACGGCACCUGCUGCCUCCGGGGCAUGACCUACUCCAUCGGGUUUCUGCGUUUCUGCAAGCAGGCCACGCUGCAGUUCUGCCUGGUGAAGCCCGUCAUGGCCGUCACCACCAUCAUCCUCCAGGCAUUUGGCAGAUACCAUGAUGGGGACUUCAAGACCUCAGUGCCUGCCAAGGCCGGGGGCCUGGACCUCCCUUCACAGGACAUGGCCGGGUGUCCGCAGCGGCUACCUCUAUGUGACCCUCAUCUACAAUGCCUCUGUCAGCCUCGCCCUCUACGCCCUGUUCCUCUUCUACUUCACCACCAGGGAGCUCCUGCGGCCCUUCCAACCUGUCCUCAAGUUCCUCACCAUCAAAGCCGUCAUCUUCCUGUCGUUCUGGCAAGGGCUGCUGCUGGCCGUCCUGGAGCGGUGCGGGGUCAUCCCAGAGGUGGAGACCAGCAGUGGGAACAGGCUGGGGGCCGGCACACUGGCCGCUGGCUACCAGAACUUUAUCAUCUGCGUGGAGAUGCUGUUCGCCUCCGUGGCCCUGCGCUAUGCCUUCCCCUGCCAGGUGUACGCAGAGAAGAAGGAGAACUCGCCAGCACCCCCGGCACCCAUGCAGAGCAUCUCCAGUGGCCUCAGGGAGACAGUGAGCCCCCAGGACAUCGUGCAGGACGCCAUCCACAACUUCUCCCCCGCCUACCAGCACUACACGCAGCAGGCCACGCAGGAGGCGCCUAGGCCUGGCACCCACCCCGGCGGCAACUCUGGCGGGGGCAGGAAGAGCCGGAGCCUGGAGAAACGGAUGCUCAUCCCCUCGGAGGACCUGUAGGGGGGCCUGGGCCGCCGGUGCUUUAGGGACCCAGGUUGCUCAGGCCUCUGGGGAAGAACAGGGCCCCCCACCCAUCAACCCUGCCAAAGGUGGGGGCCUCUCCUGAGAGCCCUCCUGCGAGGCCCUCAGAGCCCAUUUCCCAUCCUCCCUCCAGCCCGGGGGUCAGGGCACCUGAUGGCCCUGCCAGGCACCCAGGUGGGCCCGCUGCCCAAGGAGAGGGCACCUGAGCCAAUCGGAAGAGCCUGGGGACCCCAGGAUCACCUGGCCAUCAGCCCCAGGGGCCACUGUGGGACGGGGAGUGAGUGUGGCUGCCGGGCCUUGGCUGCAUGGGCCCCACGGGAGCUAUGAGUGGGCCAGACUCCCUGACUCAGGAGACAGACAGCGCACGGAUCCCAGGCUGGGCAGCUGGAGGGAGGGGCGCUGGGGCUCUGGGCAGCCGGGCCCUGAUACAGGCAGCAGCUCCGGGUGCUGCAGACUGGUGAGGUCCACACAGGCUGGCAGGGGCUGGGCCUCCUCGGAGCCUGCUGUGGCCGUCGUGGGCACGUGGAGAAGGGCCCACGUGUCUCCACACGCCAGCCCCAGGGGAGCCCUGGCCAGGUGCCCACCCAGGGGAGCGUGUGCCUGGGAUGGGUCGUGGAACCACCGGGUGCCCGUGAGCCUGGCCAGCACCGUGGGGCUGUGAAAAUUGCUCUUAUUUAUAUUUAAACACCUUGGAUUUCCU